AUGCGUCUCAUAAACUGUUUAACCCUUGAGCUCGAAGAGUUCUUCGGCAGCAAUAUUCCGCCUUACGCCAUCCUAUCACACACCUGGGGCAAUGACGAGGUGACAUUUCUUGAACUCCCUCUCUCUACACCAGCGACGCAAGCCCGAGCAGGAUACAGAAAGAUUGAGUUUACCUGCCAACAAGCAAUCCGUGAUAAGCUCAACUAUGCAUGGGUUGAUACCUGCUGCAUUGAUAAGAGAUCCAGUUCAGAGCUUUCCGAGGCUAUCAACUCCAUGUUUGCUUGGUACAGAGACGCAAGCUAUUGCUAUGCAUAUCUCUCAGAUGUCCUGGAAGAAGAGAUGGGUGAACAUUUUCACAAAAGUAGAUGGUUUACCAGAGGCUGGACACUACAAGAACUCUUGGCACCGAGAGACGUUGAAUUCUACAACUGCCAGUGGCACUGGUUAGGCCGAAAGUCUGGCCAUUCGAAAUUGAUAUCCGAAAUAACGGGAAUAGAUGUGACCGCUUUGAUGGGGACAAGGGCCAGAUGUCAUGCUAAUGGCGGUAUGUUUGGUGAUCACUGCGUUGCAAAGAGAAUGUCGUGGGCCUCAACAAGAGAGACGACCCGUACUGAAGACAUGGCUUACUGUCUAUUGGGAAUUUUCAACAUCAACCUGCCGCUGCUGUACGGGGAAGGUGACCGGGCCUUUCGUCGCCUGCAAGAAGAGAUUAUUCGAAGAGUGAAUGACGAUUCAAUACUUGCUUGGGGGCCGCGGCUUGACAUCAAGCGUCAAACAGAACCUCUGUUCAAAUAUUUCAAGGACACGAUAAUAUACAAGAAUGCUAGUCUGAAUAUACUGGCAAAAUCGCCCAAGGACUUCACCGAUUGCGGCGAUUUGGAAUACGCUAUAAACCCAAUCACUCCGCCUACUCUAACAACCCUCGGGUUAACUAUACAAUUA